AUGGGGGCCGUGCAGGGCCAUGGGCUGCAGGUGCCGACCCCUGCCUGGCCUGCCCAGCCCACCUGGCCCCGGGGCUCCUGCUUACAGCUCGUUCUUCACGUCUUCUGCAGACUUCUGAGGAGGCUCCCUGACAAGGGCGGCUUUCAUCAGGCCCUGCAGCCGGGGCAGCAUUCUGGCAGCCUGCUCCCCGCGGAUGCCCGUGAGCCUGGUGCGAGCGCCGCCCGGGAACCGGGCGCCCUGGGGGAGCGCCCCUGCCCUGACCAGGGCACGGGGGCUGCCAGCAGAGCCCGCCUCGCCCAGGCCAGGCUGGCCGUCGGGGCUCCGCCCUGCGCAUCGCAGCGAGCGCUCCCGUCUUCCCGAGGGGACAGCCGUAACCGACGCCGGGAGCAGCAGUUGGACGACGGCCGUCGGCCCGCCCGCGGGGCGUGCGCGUGCGCGUGCGCGUGCGCGUGCGCGUGCGCGCAGACGCGGGCACGCAGCUGUCCCGGGAGGUCGCUGCCGGAGCCGAGCGAGGUGGAGGAGCAGGGUGGGGCCGGGCUGGGGUCAGUAACCCCGGCAAUGGGCAGGGCGGCGGGGAUCCCCCGCGGCCCGGGCCAGCCUGCGGCUCUUCUCUGGCUGCUGCUGCUGGACGUGGCCACCGUGGAGCUGCGAGGGUCCCCAGCCACGGCCGCCCCCGGCCCGACUGCAGGCGAUGCGGGAGCGUUGGGGGGCGGCGCCCCGACUUGGCGAGCACAGCGGUUGGCCCCGGGAGCCACAGGUGGCAGGGGAGUCUCCACAGUGUGCGGGAAACCCAAGGUGAUGGGGAGGAUCUACGGCGGCCGGGACGUGGAGGCCGGCCAGUGGCCAUGGCAGGCCAGCCUGCAGUCCCAGGGCUCGCACGUGUGUGGAGCCGUCCUCAUUAACUCCAGCUGGCUCCUUUCCACCGCCCACUGCUUUCUCAACAAACCCAAAGCCCCGGAGAGCUACCGGGUUCUGUUAGGGAGCACCCAGCUCUACCAGCACGGCCCUCAGACCCGGGAGGUACCCGUGAGCCGGGUUAUCACGCACCCAGACUUCGAGAAGCUGCAUCCCUUCGGGAGCGACAUCGCCAUGUUGCAGCUGCUCUCUCCUGUGAACUUCACCUCCUCCAUCGUCCCCGCCUGCCUCCCAGUCCCUGGCAUGAAGCUCCCCAGGAACUCGUCCUGCUGGAUAACCGGCUGGGGGAUGCUCAACGAGGAAACUCCCCUGCUCGAACCCUUCCAUCUCCAGGAGGGUAAGGUGAGCUUCAUUGAGAACAAGUUCUGUAACAUGUUAUAUGGACAUGCGAAAGGCAAAAACUUCUCUGUGCAUGAGGACAUGCUGUGUGCCGGGGACUUCUCGGCAGGAAAGUCCAUCUGCCACGGCGAUUCCGGGGGUCCCCUGGUCUGUGACUUCGCCAGUUCCUGGGUUGUGAUGGGGCUGGCCAGCUGGGGCUUUGACUGCCGACACCCCAUCUACCCCAGCAUCUUCACCAACGUCACCUACUUCACCGACUGGAUCGAUGAGAUCCAGAGACUCACACCCCACCCCGAGCCCACGUCUGCCCUUACACCACCCCCUGAGCCAACGACCACUCCUGCACAGACCCAGGUUCCACACCAGUCUCUGCGGGCUGCCGGCGCGUCCACGCCGGGCACAGCCGUUGUGUCUCCACAGACCUGGCCCCUGGCGUUGCUCCUGCUUGGUUCCCCGAGGCAAGCCCUGUGGUGA